AUGAGUUCUCGUCCUGCAGAGCGUGAGUCCAUGCUUCCCAACAUAGGUAUUGUUAGCCCCCCGGUUGGUGGCGCUAGCAUUAUUAUCCCCGCCGCCUCGACUGCCACUACCUCUGUCAUUGGCCAUCAUAUUCCUACCACCAUCGGCUCCGUAACCUCAGGAACCAGGAUUUCUCUCACUCCGCAAGCCAUCAGGUCACCUUCUGGUCAUUCUACUGCUACUCCCGGAGUUACUUCAAUAGAGAGGCCGGUGGGUCGGCCGCAUAGCCCAUCAGGCUUACCUAACGGUUCUGAGCGAGGACCUAUUGGUAUAGGUCCAGGCGUUGUGGUAACUCGAGAGAACCGAAGAAAACGAGCAGGUGAAUAG